CAAGGGUAAAACACAAUGGGCGGUCACGUGAACAGGCAUUGCGCGCUCACGGCAGCGAACAUGGCGGCGAGAGUCCUGCACGCGCUGGGAAGCGGCCUGAGACACGAGACUCUUCAGUCAAACCUGCAGUUGCGGCUCUCUGUCAGGAGUGCGUCUUCAAUCAAGUCUCUGUUUGUACGAAAGGUGGAUCCCAGAAAAGAUGCUCACUCUCACCUGCUCGCUAAAAAAGAAGACAGCAACCUCUACAAGAUUCAGUUUCAUAACGUCAAGCCCGAGUGUCUGGAUGAUUAUAACAAACUCUGUGAGGAGGUUUUGCCGUCUAUUCACGCUGAUGCCAAUUACCCGUGUGAACUGGUGGGUACCUGGAACACAUGGUAUGGAGAACAGGAUCAGGCUGUUCAUCUGUGGAGAUACAGAGGAGGAUACCCAGCCCUGACUGAUGUGAUGAAUAAACUCAAGCAGAAUAAGGAGUUUUUGGAGUACAGAGAGAAGCGAGGCAAGAUGCUGCUGUCCCGCCGGAAUCAACUUCUGCUGGAGUUCAGUUUCUGGAACGAGCCAGUGCCCAGAGACGGGCCCAACAUAUAUGAGCUCAGAUCCUAUCAGCUCCGGCCUGGAACCAUGAUCGAGUGGGGAAACUACUGGGCUCGAGCCAUUGAGUUUCGACAGCAGAAUCAGGAGGCUGUUGGUGGAUUUUUCUCUCAGAUCGGUCAUCUGUACAUGGUGCAUCAUCUAUGGGCAUACAAAGACCUUCAGUCGCGAGAAGAAACCAGAAACGCAGCGUGGAAGCAUGACGGCUGGGACGAGAUGGUGUAUUACACAGUUCCUCUGAUUCAGCAUAUGGAGUCGAGGAUCAUGAUCCCAAUGAAGACGUCUCCUCUGAAAUAACCUGCGGAGACUUUCAAUUCUUGAAUGUGUUGGUUCUUUUCAGUGGCUUUCACGAUGCGUUUCUUAUUGGCUUUUGUUGACUUUUGUUUAACCAUUAAAAAAACAUGACACCUUUCAUCAGAUAAUAAAGUGUGUAGAAAUAAGAGGAGAUAUCUGAUAUUUUCAUUCUAGUUUGUUACAGAAUUUUUGCUGUUCAUCCGUCACAAGUUUGAUUUCAGCAAUGUUAACUGUCAUUUAUUUUCAAUUUAAUCUUUAUUGUAAAUGAAAUCGGAAUGAAUAACUUGAAAAUGAUUAAUCACAAUGAAACACUAACUGAACAUAUGAAAAUGUUGUCUUGUUUGGGCUUACAUUUGAUCAUCUUAGCUUUUAGCGGUGACGAUAUUGUUUAUAUAACAGCACAUGACUGUAUUUAUUGAGCUAUUGUUGCCUUUCCACUGAUAUGAGAGCCUGCGUGUGUUAAUCAUGUCUUUGAUAUCAAUAAUAAAGCCUUUAUGCUGUCCAUGAUAUUUCAGGGAAGAAUGAGAAAAUAAACCUGUGAACUCACCCAUGAUAUUAUUAAACAUUUAUUUCUGGUCA